UAAAUAAAUAAAAUAAUUAAAAAAAUAAGAAAAAAAAACUCAAAACUAUUUUAAUUUCAAAAUGCGAAUUCUUGAAACAUAUAAUUUCGAGAAUCAAACAACAUAUGGUAUUACUGGUGAGAUUAAAACGGCAACACUAUUAGGUGAUAAAAAAAUUGCCAUAGCAAAUGAAUCAUAUAUUGAAAUUUAUGAUUUUGAUGAAAGACAACAACAGCAAAAUAUUUUUAUUCCAAACAAUAUUGAAAUUUAUCCAGCAAAAUCUUCAGCAACACCACCUUUAACAUCACCACCAAUAGUAUCAUCGCCAUUAACAUCACCACCCAUAACAUCAGCAAAACAACAUUUAUUAGAUAAACUAUCAACUUUGUCGUCACCAAAAAUAUCAUCAGAUUUGUCGACGCCGCCACCAGAAAUACAUUCAUCAUUAUCGAACAAUAUUGCAAAAUUUUCAACAUCAUCGUUAACAAAUCAAUCAUUAACUUCAUCAGUACCAUUGGUAGAAUCAUCAAUACUAAAAGAACAAUCGUUUAUCAAAGAAGACAAUGAGAAAAUUGAAUUGGAUAAAGACAAAAAAGCAACUGAUAAAGCAAAAAGUGAUGAUAAAUCAAAAUAUAAUUCAGAUUCAAACCAAAAUCAAAUAAACAAACAAAUAUUUGCUACAUUAGGUGAUAUACAGGAAAUGAUAUUUUGCAAACAAGGUAAUUAUCUUCUUAGCCUGGAAAAAUUUAAUUUUGAGAAUGAUUUCGGAGAAAAUUAUAACAAUCACCAAAAUGGUAGAUCAAAUAGCAAUAAAAAUCAUCAUGGAUCAAAAGUUACCGUUGAUGAUAGUAAUAAUUCAAUAUGCAAAGUAUUAAUUUACUCAAAUAUAUUGGAAUAUUUUGAAAAUAAUUCAAAAAAAGAUAGUGAAUCUCAGAAUAAUAAAGAAAUGCCAUUAAUAGUACCUAGAAUAGCAUCAAAAGUAACACCAACUGUUAACGUUACAAAUGGAAUUGAAGUUAUUGAAUUGGAAGUUUAUGAACCACCGGAUAUGGUUAAUUGUUGUCAGGAAACUGGAAAUAUUCUUGUUAAAUCAAAUUUACAUUUAUAUUUAUUUAAUUUUCGUGAAUGUACCAAUGAUCAACAACAUUUCAAUUAUAUAGACUUUUUUGAAUUUCCAUUUUACUUAGAAUUAAAUUUUUUACCGACACAAAUAUCACUUAUUGAAAAUGUUAUUGCGUGCAUUAAUAAAAAACAAUGUAUUGUAUUUAAAAUAAUACAACAUGAGCAACGGGAACAACAAGAGCAACAACAACAUGAUUUUGAUGAAAUAUUAGACGAUGAUGAAGAUUAUAAUGGUAUCAGUUAUGCAACAAGCACAACCACUACAACAACAACUGCAACAACAACUGAACUAAGCAUUGCAGCAACAUUAAGUAAUGAUGAUGACGACGAUAUAUUAAUUUAUAAUAGAAAUGAUAAUAAUUAUGAUCCUAAUAUUAAAGUAGUUGAUGAUGAACAACAUAAGAUUAAUGAUACUAUUCAACAACAACAAAAUAUUGAAUAUAACAAAAAGGAUAUAAACCGUACUAAGAAAGAUAUUGAUACUGAUUCAUUAGAGUAUAAUAAUAAUAGUAAAUACAAGAACAAUAACAUUAAAAAAUUAACUGCAAAUGACAGUAAAAAUGAUUCAAAAAUAAAAAAAUUGUUAAAAAAAAUAUCUGCAUCAUCAACACCAUCUCUCGAUUAUGGUUUAUUAGUUCAAAAUUCUGAAUUGGAAGACUGUGAAUUAAUUUCAACAUGUGAUUCAAUGCCAACAUUAAAAAGUAAUAAUAACAAUAAUAAUCCAAUUUCUUCAAGACAAAAAUCUUUGAAUGAACAACAAUAUCAAGCAAAACAAAAUGAUGUAAAAAAUUUAACAAUUGAAGACCAUCCAAUACGAUCAAAUGAUAUUAACGUUAAAUUGAUUAAUGAAAAGCAUUAUAAUUUUAACAAUAAUGAUAAUAUGAAUCAAGUAUAUAAUAAUAAUUAUAAUAAUUAUUAUAAAUUUAGUGAAAAAAAAUAUGAAAUAAAAAAAAUGUUACAAAUACGUAUGGCAUCAUUAAAAUAUUCAAAUUAUAUAAAAAUCCCAGAGACCUUCACUUGUUUCGAUUUAAAAUCUAUUUAUAAAAAAUGUAAUAAUAGUAAUAAUAAUUACGAAAGCAAUGAUAAAACAAAAUUAAAUAAAACAUUUUCAAAAACCGAAUGUGGAGAAACAACAUCGUCGUCAUCGUCAACUGCUAUACCAAGUAAUAGUAAUAAUAACAGCAACAAUAAUAAUAAUACCCAUAAUAAUAAUAAUAAUAAUAAUAAUACUCAUAAUAAUAAUACUGAUAAAAAAGAUUUAAUGAAAUCAAAACGUUAUAUUGAUUGUAUUGGCUUCAGUUUUAUAAUUACGACAACUGCUGCUGAUGGCUAUUUAUAUCAAUUUUGUAAUCAUGGCAAAUGGUAUCGUGAAAAUCAAAAAUCAUUGACAAAAUAUCAAUUUACUGCACAAGUAAUAUCAAUUAUAAUAUCAGAUUUUGUCGUACAUGCUGUUACUCGUGAAACAAUUGAAACAGUAACAUCACGUAUUGGCCAUAAAUUAUUUUCAAGUUAUUAUGAAUAUCCAAUGUUAAGUGAACCAUUUCCCAAUGAAUCUUCAGCAACAACAGAUAUGCAAAUUUUUUGUAUGAAAUUACAUUCAUUUUGUAAUAUACAAUUUGUAUUAAAAACAAAUAAAUAUUUAAUAUUGAUAUCAAAAUGCCCAGUGGAAUGGUGUAAUAGUGUUGCUAGUAAUAGCAAUUACAGUAAUACUAGUAGUAAUGAUGUAAUAAAUAGUACAACAUCAUCAUUGCCGCCAUUAACAUUAACAACUACAGCAGCUGCGACAACAACAACAGUAGCAUCCUCAACAAAAAUGGACACUACAAAAACAAUAACAGAUAUGGAAUCAAUAACAGUAAUUAAUUCAAAAGAAUCAGUUAUUGAUAAUACCUUUACAUUUAAUAAUGAUAAUAUAAAUAAUAAAACUCAUACUUCAUCAUCUGAUGUAAUAUCGAUUAUUAAUACAAAUAAAAAUAGUAAUACUAAUAUCAAUAAUAGUGCUAGUGUUGUUGGCAUACUUAAUGGUAAAUAUUUUCAAUUUAAUGCAGUUAAUAAAAAAUAUACAAAUAAUCGAAAAAAUAAUAAAAUAUCAAUGUCAUCUGGUUCAUCGUCGCAAUCAUCAUCAUCAGCGUCACAAUUCUCGUCGUCAAUGAUGACAACAUCAGAUACAACAACAAGUAAAUUGAUGAAACAAAUUAAUUCAUUUGAAUGGACCGUAUAUAGUUUAAAAAUGCCAGAUGCAAUACGCUUAGCUGACGAUUUAGAAAUGUCAGCUAGAGAAACAUUAAAGAAUGGUAAAUCAAUAUUUAUAAAAAGCAAUAAUAAUAUCAAUGAUGAUUGUAUGAAAUUACAUUAUGGUGAAGAUGAAAAUAAUGAUGUUAAUAAUACAAAUUUGAUAAAUAAUUUUGAUAAUACAAUAAACGAUUUGAAUUAUUUAAUAAAUGAUAUUAAUAGUUUAAAUGUAACACAAGCUAAGUAUGAUUUGGUAUAUGAGUUAUUAACCGAAGCAAAUAUAAUACUACGAUUAGCCAAAAAUUUAGAUAUCAAUUAUAAUGAAAUUUAUUUAACAAAAAUUGAUGCAAUGUUUAAAAGAAAUUGUAAAUUUUUAGCUGAUAUUAUAAUACAGUUAGAUAAAGAGGAACAAUACGGGGAAGCAAUCGGUUAUUAUAGAAUGAGCGAGACGUUACCGCAAAUUAUAUAUGAAACAUAUUUUAAUAAUUUAAAAAUUCAAUCAUCAGAUUAUUUAACUGCAAACAAUAUUGAAAAUAAUAAAAAUAAAAUGAUUGGUUUAACGCAUACAAUGAAAACAAUUUUAAAUUGCUUUGCUAGAAAAAGACCAGAUAGUGAUUUUUUAUAUGAAAUGAUAAUGCCAAUAUUACAAAAAAAUUUGCCAAAAGAUAUUAAUAAUGACGAUAUAUUGAAGUUCUUCAAUAUGAAGACUAUAGAAUCUUCGUCAUCAUUAUCAAAUAAAGAUUCAGAAAACAUAGAAUUAUCAGUGAUAGAAAUUUCAAAAACAUCACACGAUACUAUUGUCGAAUCAUCUGUAUUGGAUGAAAAAAAAAAGAAAGAUAUCAAGGACACAGAAUCAAAUUUAGGAAUAAGUAAAUCGGAUACAGUAAAUAAUGACGAAAUAAAUGCAAUGAUACCAUUUGGUUUUGAAUUAUUUCGAUAUUUUUAUGUGUAUGACAGAAAUUCAUUGGGUGUAUUAGGUCUAAAAUCUAUGCCAUUUUUAGAUUGUAACAUUGAUAAUUAUAUAUUAUAUCUAAGUUCAAAUGAUAUAUCAAGUAAUCACAACGAAAUGUUAUUAUAUUCACUAACAUUAAGCCGUAUGAAAAAAUAUGAAGAAUCACUAUUACAAAUAGAAAAAAUGACAAGACAUCAAUUAUAUUUAUCUUUGAAAUUCGCUUGGCAUAUAAUAUUUGAUGAUAAUUUUAAUCCAGAUAAUUAUAAUGAUGAACAAUUUUCGGAAUUUACUGAACGCAUAUUAUUUAAUACAAGUAAAACGUGUUUAAUUGAAGCAAUUAGUGAUGUUUUCUUAUAUUAUUUAUGUACAACAAAUAAACUUCGGAUUAAUUUUAUAAUUAAAUUGUUUGUUAAUUAUUUUGCUUUACAUGUUGAAAAUUAUAAUAUUAUAAGAAAUAGUAGUAAAAAUGAUAACAAAACAAAUAAUUUGAUAAUUAAUAAUAAUGAUAUUGCAAGAAAAAUUUUUGAAACCAUAUUAAGUUGUUACUGUCAUGAUUUCUUACAAUCCGAAAUUAAUGAUAUUGAUAAUAUAAUACCAUCAUCAACGAAUAAUAACAUUAUGUUAAGUUAUUUUAAUAAUUCGAAAAAAAUUACAACAACAGAAGCAACUUCAUUACCAUUAUCACCACAAAAUAGUAUCGAUAAUCCAGAUGAUUCAACUGAUAAUAUUUUAAUAAAUUAUUUUAAAAUAAAUAAUCACACAAAACAUAAUUUGAAUUUUAUUAAUUGUAAUAAUAAUAGUAAUGUUAUUAAUUUAAAUAACAUAAAUGAUAAUAAUUACGGUAGUGGUAGUCCUAGUUCAAGUAAUAAUAUACAAACACAACAACAACAAGCAAAGGAUAUUAUUAAUUACAAUAUAAUAACACAGAAUUUAAAUUAUAAUAAUAAUAAUAACAACGUUUUAUUAAUGAAUAUAGAACAACCAGAAAUAAAAUCUCUUAUAUUAUUACUUAGAUUAUAUUUAGGUAAUUUGGCAACAAAACAAAAAUGCAAAUUAAAUUCCAAUUAUCCAAUAAAUAAUAAAACUGUUUUAAAUGAUGAUAACAUUAAUAAUAUUGAUGAAAGUAUAAUAAUAACAAGAAUACAAUAUAUUGAUGAGUUGAUUAAUUUAUAUGAAAAAAAUAAAUUAGCGACUAUAAAAUUAUAUAAAAGGUCAAUUUUAAAUAAUAAUUACAAUGCUAAUAGUAAUAAUAAUAAUAAUAAUAUUAAUAAUAAUAACAACAAUAAUAAUAAAAAUAAUAAUAAUAUCAAUAAUAAUAAUAGUAAUAAUAAUAAAAAUAAUAAUUUAAAUAGCAACAAUAACAAUAACAAUAAAGUUUUCAAUUUACAAAAUAAUAAAUUAAAUUUAUAUACAAACGAUUAUGAACCAAUUCCCGAAAUUUUACCAAAUUACAAUUUACUACAAAAAUUAAAUAUUUCCAAUAAUAAUAUUAAUAAUGAUAAUAAUAGUAACACAAAUAAUAAUAGUAAAAAUAAUAAAAUAGAUAAUAUUGAUAUUUUAAAAAAUAUUAACGAUCAUAUAAGACCUAUUGCAUGCUUAAAUGAGAGACCAAAUUAUUUAAAUUUUAUGGAACCAUUUAAAAAGGAACAUUUUAAAAAUAAUUAUUUUAUUGGGCAUACUGAUGAAAUUGUUAUGUGGACUUUAAAAAUUCAAUGCUUAUUAAAUUCCAUUAAAACAAAUUGUAUUUUAUAUGAUUUCCUAUUAUUUAUUCAAAAAAAUCCUCAUUUAACUGGUAUUGACAGUUUUAUAUCAAUAUUAUUACCAAUGGAUUCGGCUAUAAAUUUUUUAACAAUUGUUUAUCCAGAAGUAUUAUAUGAAUAUGGUAAAUGUUAUAAAAUUUUAAAUGAUGAUUUUCGUGCAAUAUUUAGAACAUUAAUAAAAAAAAUACGUGAAUUGAUGACAGAAAAGCAAUCGAUAAUAACAACAAACAAAAAUGUUUUUAGUUAUGAAAGCGGAGACCAAGAAAAUCAAACGAAAAUUGAAAAUGAAAAUAUUAAUAAGUCAUUAAAAUAUAUUGAACAUCAAAUUGAAAAAUAUCAAAAAGUUUUAGAUGAACUGCUUCAUAGUUUACAUAAUGAUCGUUCGUUCGAAUCGUUUUUAAAUUGUUUACCAAUUGAAGAGGUUUCGAUUUCUGGUAAGUUUGUUAUUCGUAAAACAUCAAAAGAAUUGAUAUCAGAAAUUCAUGAUACUAAUAAUACAAAUGAAAUUGAUAAUGAUGAUAAAAAUAAUAUUAAUGGUGUUGAAGAAAAUAUCAGUGAAAAUUUAACAGAACCAUUGAACUUAGCAUUACAACCAGAAACAACGAUCACUGCAACAGGUGUAACGAAAACAAAAUCAUUGCGAAUGACAACAAAUCCAAAGCAAACAAUAAAUACUAAAAAUGCAAAUAUCUCAAGCGGAACGCAAACAAUAACUGAAUAUGUUAUGGAUAAUGUUGAUGAAACAAAUCUAUUUCAAGUUUUUCUAAGAAAAUGUGUGGCAAAACAACGUGUUGAAGCAUUGCAAACAAUGAUAGAAUCAACUGGUAAACAAUUAUUUGAAGCAGCUAAAAAUUCACAAUUAAAUUUAAAUUGAGUUUUAUUUGAAAAUUUUUCAAAUUUCGCGGAAAUUACAAAUCCUCAAUUAUUUGAUUUAGCAUUAAUAAAUAAUUUGAAAUGUUUUUUAUUGUUCAAUAGAUUUAGAGAAAUUGUAUAUGAUCUCAUAAAUUUGAUCAUCAAAAAAUGAAAACCCAAAUUAAAUGAUCUCUGAUAUUGUUGAAACUUUCUUAAAUUGAAUCGAAAUAUAGCAGUCAUGCUGAAAAUUUCUAAUAAAUACUCUUUGUAUAAAGUGUUUCAACAAAACAUAGAAUGUACAAGUAAGAUCGAUAGAGCGUUAAAAAUAAAUUUGAAUUUUUAAACGGUUUGCUUUGAAUUCCGAUCAAAUCCACAUAUGGUUGUUUUUUAAUUGUAUAGUAGUAUCUUAAAAUUACAUUUAUUUUAAAAUUACAUAAACAUUUUCUUGGUAUACAAUUAAAAUUUUUUUUUUAAUUUUUUGUAACAACGUUUUGUAGAUUUGGAGUGUUUUGUUGAAUUAUUAAUUUCAAUCCAUUAGAUUCAUCUUGAAAUGAAAAACUUAUAUUUAGAGGAUUAUUUUUGAACUUUUAAAAUGCUUUUUAAAGUUAAUUUUUUGCUUAAUCUUAUAAUAUAUUCUAUUUUAAAUAUUUUGA